CGCUUACCUCUUCUUUGAAGCGCCCCUACUCUGCUUCUCUCUAACUCUCUCUUUCACCCUCUCCCUCCUCCAACAUGGCAGCCCAAGUGAUAACCCAAGUCUCCCCCGGUCCUACCUCCAGCUCUCCUAUCACUCAAGUCUCGCAGACCGCACCUCCAGCACUGGCAGCUGGGAAUGGCGCACAUUUGCUUACCCGACUCAGGCUCGAGCUAAGGGGGACGACGUUCAACGUGGAUCGGGAGGCAAUUAUGAGCCUACCAGAGAGCGUGUUGCUGUGUCUUUUCCCUAAUGGGUUAGUGCUCAGUCGGCCGGAGGGGAUGGGUACGGAGGGAGAAGAGGAGGAGGAGGAGAGGGCAGAGACAUAUUAUGUUGAUUUUGACCCCGAUUGCUUCGCAUUCGUUCUCCGCUUCUUCCGCGAAGCGCAAGAACAUUUCUACGGUACACCUACGUCACCUGGAGGCCUGCUCGCUGCACAGCAACAUCUCCUCGAUAGUCCAGCACCCUCCAUCCCCUCCGGCCCCGGGUUCCUCUCUCCUUCGGCCCAAAAUCCCCUUUUAGUCAAACAAGCCAUCAUUGUUCUCCGUGAAGAGCUCGAGUACUUUGCCAUUCCCCCGAGGGACGACGGGCAUGCACGCACAGACCAGAAUGGGAGGAGUAACGAUCAUCUCUUGCAGCUGAAGCGCGAGUGUGGUCGGUUGCUGUUAGAAAAGAGGAACAUCUUCACUGCACUGCAGCGGAAUGUGAACAAGGAGAAUAACAUCGCAGAACAGCAUUUGAUCGACAUGCUUUGCAUGAGUGGGUUCGAUCGCUCUGACACCUGGGGGUACCGCGCUGUCGAGCCAGGCCGAUCCUGUAUCUCCUCCAUCGCCCUCGUCCUGCUCAAAACCGGGAUUUCCCACCCGCCCGCCAGCAGCCACGUAACCAUUGACCACGCCCAGAUGGCGACCGCCCAAAAGCUCCUUCUAUUCUGGCGCAAGCCUGCUAGGAAAUGCUGGUGGGACGGGAUUGAUCUUGACUUACCUCCGAUCGGGCAGGCACCGGCAAGAAGAGUCCGGCUCUGGAGCAGGAGAGUAUGGACACUGGAGCUCUCUCUCGUCUGAACCAGUGGUAAACUCUUCUCUUCCCUUUGUCCGUAGCCUGCUUAGCAUUCAUCGACUAUUUUUCUUGUCUUGCACUGCUGCACUUUUCCUAUGCCCGUACUUUCGAAAGUGCUACAUACC